AUGCUGGCCGAUAUGCAGUGGAUGGUCCUCUGGAUUUGCUCCAGUUUCCUCAUCAAGUGCAACAAGCAGACGGACAGCAUAGGGUCUAACAACCUCAAGGCCCAAAAUUCCUUCCAGUACAACAGGCUGAUCCUCCAGAAGAUGGUGGGCAUCGAGUCGGACGCCUAUGGCAAGGACAUUGUGGUGGUGCUGAAGCGAUGGGCAGGUAAGAGGAAGCCUGCCACUUCCUAUGUGAGGACCACCAUCAAAAAAAUGCCUGGGCCACACUCAACAUCAGCCACAAACGUCCGGAACAUCAUUCACAAGAACAAAUACUGA